CUCUCGAAUCCUAGCUUUCCGCUUUCUAUAUUUUCACCACUCGAAGCCUUGGAUCCCACUUCGCGUAGAAAGAACUGCUGGGUAGCCUUUUCUUCUAUUCGUGUCUCGAGAGAGAGGAAAGCACAAGCCCUAAUCCUCAUGGCUCUCUCUGAAAACGCUCGCCAGUCUCUCGUACCAAGCUUUCUCUACUCGACGUCUUCGUCGAAGAAGACCCUAGAUUUAGAGAAAUUGCUCAACCGAAACCAGAGCUCGCCAUUGACAUACACUAAUGGAGUUUCUAAAAACUUCGUCAUUCCUGCUCCGAGCGAGCCCGGCAAGAUCGAGUUGUAUUCCCCGGCAUUCUACGCCGCUGCUACAGUCGGUGGAAUAUUGAGCUGUGGUCUCACUCAUAUGGCCGUUACUCCUCUGGAUCUGGUUAAAUGUAAUAUGCAGAUCGACCCCUCGAAGUACAAGAGCAUCAGUUCUGGUUUUGGAGUUUUGCUUAAAGAGCAGGGAGUUAAGGGUUUCUUCAGGGGUUGGGUGCCAACCUUGCUUGGUUAUAGUAUGCAGGGUGCCUGCAAGUUUGGAUUCUACGAAUUCUUUAAGAAAUACUACUCAGACAUUGCUGGACCUGAGUAUGCAGCCAAGUACAAGACCUUGAUUUACCUUGCUGGUUCUGCAUCUGCUGAAGUGAUUGCCGAUGUUGCUCUGUGCCCUAUGGAGGCAGUAAAGGUCCGUGUGCAAACCCAACCAGGGUUUGCUAGGGGGUUGUCUGAUGGGCUCCCCAAGUUUGUUAGAUCUGAAGGAUAUCUUGGGUUGUACAAGGGGCUUGUUCCACUCUGGGGGCGUCAGAUUCCAUAUACCAUGAUGAAGUUUGUAUCCUUUGAGACCAUUGUGGAGAUGAUUUACAAGCAUGUCAUCCCCACUUCGAAGGACCAGUGCAGCAAACCUCUACAGUUGGGUGUUAGCUUUGCUGGUGGAUAUGUUGCUGGUGUUUUAUGUGCUAUUGUCUCUCAUCCAGCUGACAGUCUUGUCUCUUUCCUCAACAAUGCCAAAGGGGCAACUGUUGGUGAUGCUGUGAAGAAGAUAGGGGUUGCGGGUCUCUUUACUCGUGGUCUUCCUCUUCGUAUUGUUAUGAUUGGAACCCUUACUGGAGUUCAAUGGGUCAUUUAUGAUGCUUUCAAAGUUUUUGUUGGGCUGCCAACCACUGGUGGUGUUACUCCAGCUCCUGCCCCUGCUGCAUCUGAGCUUGUAAAAGUGUAAUUUGGAACAUUGAAAUGCUUAUCUUCACAAAAUGCAGACUGAAGAGGGUGUUUUUUAUACGGAUUAAUGACUGAAGGUUUUGGUUGCUGAAAAAAGUGAUAAGUGGGAACUGGAAGUGUAUUCUUUUUCUAUUCAGAAGAUUUUUUAAAGCUCUAUUUUAUUUUUGAGGAUGGUUUUGAAUUCAUCCUCGCAAUCUUAAGGACUUUUAGGUGCAGUAGUUCCCAUAGGUAACCCUUUCAAAGUAGGGAUAGUAAUAAUAAUAAUGGUUUGUGAGGUCUGUACUUCAGAAACAUUUUGUAUGCUCGUCUUCUAAACUUUUUCCCC